AUGUCCGCGGUCAAUACGUUUAGUCCGCACGAGGCAGAUAACCAGGCGCUCGUCACUGUUGGAGAGCCUGGCUCGGACCUGAGGGGCAUGUUUAUGUGGCUUCCACCCUACGAUAAAAUUAGUCCCGAAAACCAUGCGACCUUUGCCAGGGGCACCAAGCUCCUCGACCCCGGAGCAUACAAUCACCCGGUGGUAGUUCUUUCCACCGAGGGCAUGACGGACGGUACCGUAAUGGUACUCAUGUUGACAUCUAUGGACGGCCACACACUGGAGGAGCGAUACGCUGGCUUUCCUGCGAGGAAGGCAGACCGGAUGCGCAAAUUUCGCCUACCCAUCGCUCCGGCCGAGGCGCACGGUCCCCACAAUAUUGUUCUAUUCACUUCUCAAGGCCACAAGCUUGAGAAGAUUUCCUACGUCAAAACUGACAGGAUAAUAAGUGUCAGACUCUGCGUGCUGAGGCAGUACGGGAAAGACAGAAGGAGAAGGCGAGGACCAUGGGCGGAGCGCCUGUCCAAAUCCUCGCUCGAAACACUUGCGAGAUAUGUUCAUUCGAUCGACCGCGACAACGGCCGACCCUUGCUUACCCGACAAAGCUUACCCUCUAGUGUGUCGGCUCUCGAAAACCCACGACGCGUUGAACGAACCGCCGUGGCGGUUGGCUAUGGCACCUUGGACGGCGGCCGCGGGUCGUUGCCGCCUUACAACUUAGCCCCAUCUCGUGUUAACGGCCGCCAGCAACACCGUUAUCCCGAGUACGUUCAUACUCACAGUUACAGACCACCAUCUUCUCGGGAUUCGCCCGGCUUUAUGGCAUCCCUGCGGCGGCUCCUGAUGAGAGGGUUGCGCGACGGCUGGGCGGCUGCGAAAAAUGCGCCGUGGGAUCGCCUGCUUCCUCUGCUUUUCUUCUUGGUCAGUCUCUGCUUCGUCGUGUACGGCGUCUAUUCAGUCGUAGUCAAAGUGGUGCGGGUUGUGCAGGCCGUGAUCGCAGCUCUCAAGCACAAGUGGGCUGAGCUCUGGAGCGCUCGUUCUUGGCAUCUUACUGGGACAGUGUAA